GAAGUCUACAAAUAGAAGAGCUCCAUCAGGGUGAACUGAAGUUAUCCUAAGGAAAAAUUUCAUUGCAUGGAUUGUGUAAACUCACUGAGACUGAAGUAAAGCUGGAAAGGAAUCUACAAGUGAAUAAAACAAGAAGUUUGGAAUUGGAUUUGGGGAAUCUGGGCUUGGAAAUGCCUCAGCCCAGUGUGAGUGGAAUGGACCCUCCUUUUGGGGACGCCUUUCGGAGCCAUGUGUUUUCAGAGCAGACUCUGAUGAGCACGGAUCUCUUGGCAAGCAGCUCAGAUCCAGACUUUAUGUAUGAACUGGACAGAGAAAUGGACUAUCAGCAAAGCUCCAGAGACAACUUACUUUUAAUGGAAGACUGCAAAGACCUUGAGAACUUGGAGUCUUUUACAGACAUCCUGGACAAAGAAGCUGCGCUCACCUCGAAGUGGGAGCAGUGGGAUACCUACUGUGAAGACUUAACUAAGUACACUAAAUUAACCAGCUGUGACAUCUGGGGAACAAAAGAGGUGGAUUACCUGGGCCUUGAUGACUUUUCAAGCCCAUACCAAGAUGAAGAGGUGAUAAGCAAAACACCGACACUGGCUCAGCUUAACAGUGAGGACUCCCAACCUGUUUCUGAUUCACUCUAUUACCCUGAUUUGCUCUUCAGUGUAAAACAAAACCCUUUAAAUUCUUUGUUACCUGGCAAAAAAAUUGCAACCAGAGCAGCAGCCCCAGUCUGUUCGUCCAAGAACGUUCAGGCUGAGGCACCUUUGUCGGACUGUGUUCAGAAGGCAAGCAAACCUGCAACUCAGCCUGCUUCCAGUACACAAAUCAUGGUGAAGACAAAUGUGUACAAUACUGAAAAAGUGAACAUUCAUGUUGAAUGUAAAGACUAUGUUAAAAAGGCAAAAGUAAAGAUCAAUCCUUUACCACAGAGCAGACCAGUGCUGAGCCAGACGCAUGCUGAUGCAGCAAAGGAAAACACCUGCUACUGUGGUACUGUAGCAAAGAGACAGGAAAGAAAAGGAAUAGAGUCCCCUCAUGGUCACAGUACGCCUCCUGUUUUGCCUUUUAAAGAGACUCAAGAACUGCUCGUCAGUCCACCCCAGGAAACCCCAGGGCUCACUGUGGGGGAGAGCAGUCUUUCUGCCAGCACAUCAGUGUCAGAUUCUUCACAGAAGAAAGAAGAGCACAACUAUUCUCUUUUUGUAACAGACAGUUUGGGUGAACAGUCAGCCAAAGGAGACCCCGAGGAAGAUGAGGAUGAUGAGGACGAUAUUGAAGAUGAGGACCACGAUGAAGGAUUUGGCAGUGAGCACGAGCUGUCUGAAAAUGAUGAUGAGGAAGAAGAUUAUGAGGAUGAUAAAGAUGACGACAUCAGCGAUACUUUCUCAGAACCAGCAGUAUCACUUAGUGGGUCUUCAAAGGAUACUGAAUUCUUCUCUUCUGCAUGUAGAAAUGGAGCCUUAACAACAGAAAUAAGAACUAACCUUCACCUAGAAGGGUAUGAAAAUGAUUCUGUGGAGGAUUUAAAAGAAAUGACUGCAAUAUCCUCUCGGAAAAGAGGCAAGCGGAGAUACUUCUGGGAGUACAGUGAGCAACUAACACCAUCGCAACAAGAAAGAAUGCUGAGGCCAUCCGAGUGGAAUCGAGAUACGUUACCGAGUAACAUGUAUCAGAAGAAUGGUCUCCAUCACGGAAAAUAUGCAGCAAAGAAGUCACGGAGGACUGAUGUAGAAGACCUGACUCCCAACCCCAGAAAACUUCUCCAGAUUGGUAAUGAGCUGAGGAAGCUGAACAAGGUGAUCAGUGACCUGACGCCAGUCAGUGAACUUCCCUUAACUGCCCGACCGAGGUCAAGAAAAGAAAAGAACAAGCUGGCUUCCAGGGCUUGUAGACUAAAAAAGAAAGCCCAGUAUGAAGCCAAUAAAGUAAAACUCUGGGGUCUCAACACGGAAUAUGAUAAUUUACUGUUUGUGAUAAACUCCAUUAAACAAGAAAUAGUUAAUCGGGUGCAGGUACCUAAAGAUGAUAGAGGAGUCAACAUGGAACAAAAGUUGAACGUACUUAUUAAAGACACCCUUGGUCUACCUGUAGCUGGGCAGACAUCAGAAUUUGUGAAUCAAGUUUUAGAGAAGACUGCAGAAGGAGACCCCACCGGUGGCCUUGUAGGGCUACGAAUACCAGUGUCAAAAGUUUAA